CAGGCAAAGUACGCAGCCGUUUGUUACGCGUGUUUGACAACCGGAAAAUUUGACAGUUUUAUUGAACCACAGCUGAAAGGCGAAUAUUUAUUUUCUUUGGCUGUUUUCUUUUAACUUCUACUCAAGUACGCCCACCCUUAAAUUGGCACCACUUGAACGAGAUUAGGAAUUUUUUGCACCGUUCCAGUGACCACCUGCAUUAGCUUCAGUGCAAAGUGUGUGGUCGCGAUGAGCAUUCUCAAGUUUCACCGCACGCUGCAAACGACCGAUCCGCACACCGUACCGGUGCUGAUCAUCGGUCAGCUUCGUCACCUGACGGAGUUGCCGUUCGAGCGGAUCAGUCCGAAGCUGAAACCGCGCGUAGAACGGGAAACCUACGUGAAGGCCGUUACCUCCCUCCAUCCGGCACCGACUGACACGUGUUCCCUGUACCUAGAUCUGGCCCGUGUUGCCGUACUGCCGUUGAAAGCCUCCCGGCAUAAUACUGCCUCCAGGGCACAUUCGAUCACGAAGCUGAUCCAAUCGAACACAACCGGCGUCAGUGAAUCGAUUGUCAUCGUGUGCGAAAAGCAAGAUUUGCUAGCGUCGGCCUGUGCCAUUGCAAGAGCUUUCCCGCUUUACAGCAGGAAAACAUCGAAGAGCGCUAACGCCGAAUCACCGCCGACGGUUCACAUCGAAUUUGUGCUGGUGGGCGGCAAUAAUCCCAGCGAUACGGAGAUCACCGAAGAGGAUGUGCUGGUACUUGCGAACGUAACCGUGGGUAUCCGCCUAACGGCCCGCAUCGUUGACGCACCGUGCAAUGAAAUGAACGUGUCCGGAUUUUUGUCCGAGGUGGAAGCAAUUGCACUCGAGCUUGGGCUCAAGUCGAAGAUCAUCCGGGGAGAGGAGCUGCAGGAGAAGGGCUUCGGUGGAAUUUACGGUGUCGGCAAGGCAGCUCUCGAUCCUCCGGCACUUGCUGUACUGUCCUAUGAACCGGCGGGUGCGAAGGAGACGGUGGCCUGGGUAGGCAAGGGCAUCGUGUUCGACACAGGCGGUCUGAGCAUCAAGGGCAAGACGGCAAUGCCGGGCAUGAAGCGGGAUUGUGGUGGUGCUGCUGCUAUUUUGGGCGGAUUUUACGCUGCCGUCAAAAGUGGCUUCCGCGAGAACCUGCACGCAGUUUUCUGUUUGGCGGAAAACUCGGUCGGGCCUUUGGCGACCCGCCCCGACGAUAUCCACCGGUUGUAUUCGGGCUGUACGGUUGAAAUCAACAACACGGACGCAGAAGGACGGUUGGUGCUGGCCGACGGUGUCGUGUACGCUGACCGUGAUCUCAAAGCAAACGUUAUCCUCGAUAUGGCCACCCUCACUGGGGCGCAGGGUAUUGCGACGGGAAAAUAUCACGGCGCGAUUCUUACCAACAGCGACGAGUGGGAAGACAAGGCACUAGAGAUUGGACGCCGCACCGGUGAUAUGCUGUGCCCGGUACCAUACUGUCCGGAGUUGCACUUCAACGAGUUCAAUUCGGCCGUAGCCGAUAUGAAAAACUCUGUCAUGGAUCGUGGCAAUGCCCAGGUCAGCUGUGCCGGACUGUUUAUAGGUGCGCAUCUGGGCUUCGAAUACGGGGGCUCGUGGAUGCACGUCGAUAUGGCCGCACCGGUACACAAUGGGGAACGUGCCACCGGUUACGGUGUUGCACUGUUGGCUGGUCUGUUCGGAGAGCAUAGCAAGGCAGCAAUCCUUCGCGACAUUGCAAACCAACCGACGGUUCUGAGAAACAAAGUGACCGGGAAUGGGACGGAACCGCCGCUCAAAAAAGCCUGCUUAGACUGAACGCGACAGUAUCCGACCUGGACUUGGUUGCGCAUUUAGAAAAGGCUUUCGCAUCACAAACUCCAACGGCGAUCCGAAACAAAGAUAAAACCGCGGAAACUGAACUGAUAAAUGAUCUUUCUUAAUUUACGUAA